AGUCAGUCAUCAAGCUCCAAAUUGUACAUACCUUCUUUCCAGUAUGUGCUGAUCAGCAAGCCUACAAUCAUUGAAAACCAGUACUCUCCCAGAACUUCAGGAAUUGAUCAGUUUAGAAGCACAAUUUCUCUUCUUCUUCUUCUUCUUCUUCUUCUUGUUCUUCUCUUCUAGAUUUUUAUUCUGAUGGGCCUACAGAGCUACCUAAAACAGCAACUUGGUUCUAACUUUCACCAAAUGUUGGUUGAUAUUGCAUUUGGUUUGAAAAUGUUAUAAGGUCAAGGCUUUGAAUUCAAAAUCAAUAAAGAAAAGAAAAAUAUCUCAGUGGCAGAAAAGUUCUUAACAAAUUCAAGCAAGCAAGAUACGAUAUCAGGUUUCUGGUUUCUUACUCUGUGUUCUCAAUGGCAGCAUUAUUUAUAUCACUAAGUAUUUUGUUUACUCUUUUUGUGCACUCAAAACCCUUGGCUUUUGCUCAAGAAGCAGAUCAGUUCAUCUACAAUGGAUUCAAUGGAGCUAAUCUCAGCCUCAAUGGGGCUGCAAAUAUUCAUCCUAAUGGCCUGCUAGAGCUUACAAACACUUCACAUCAGCAGAUUGGUCAUGCUUUCUUCCCGUUUCCUUUGCAUUUCAACUCAUCUCUGUCUAACAAUUCUCGAACAUCAUUAGUCUCAUUUUCUACCAAUUUUGUGUUUGCCAUGGUUCCUGAAUCACCUGGUCUUGAUGGCCAUGGUUUGGCCUUUGCUAUUUCACCAUCUUUAGAGUUCAAAGGGGCUAUAGCAACUCAAUAUCUUGGACUCUUUAACUCUACAACAAUUGGUUUAUCUUCAAAUCACUUACUUGCCAUUGAGUUAGAUACUGUAAAAAACCCUGAAUUUGGAGAUAUUGAUGGCAACCAUGUUGGAGUAGAUGUCAACAAUUUGACAUCCAUCCAAUCGGUUUCGGCGUCCUACUUUUCGGAAACUGAAGAGAAAAAUAAGAGCUUGGAGCUCACUAGUGGGAGACCAAUGCAGAUGUGGAUAGACUAUGAUGAAAUGGAGAAGCUACUCAAUGUAACUCUAGCUCCUAUAGAAAGAAUGAAGCCAGAAAAGCCUCUGUUGUCAACAAAUAUUGAUCUUUCUGCACUGCUCUUGGAAUCCAUGUAUGUUGGUUUCUCUGCAUCCACAGGCUCAGUCUCAAGUAAUCAUUACAUUCUUGGAUGGAGCUUCAACAGAAGUGGGCAAGCACAAAGCCUUGACCCUUCAAAGCUUCCUUCACUUCCUCAAGAAAGAAAAUCAAGAGGUAAACUAGCAAUGAAAAUUAUGCUUCCAUUGGUAAUAGUGAUUGUUUUGCUCAUGACUAUCUCUGCAACUAUUUAUAUAAUGAGGAAGAGAUAUGAAGAGAUACGUGAAGAUUGGGAACAGCAGUAUGGUCCUCAGAGAUUCUCCUAUAAGGAUCUUUACAAAGCAACCAAAGGUUUCAAAGACAAAGAGCUUCUAGGAUGCGGAGGUUUCGGAAAGGUUUAUAGAGGAACUUUACCUUCUUCCAAUGUGGAAGUUGCAGUCAAGAAAGUCUCACAUGAUUCAAGACAAGGAAUGAAGGAAUUUGUAGCAGAAAUAGCCAGCAUGGGAAGGUUAAGGCACAGGAACCUGGUUCAGCUGCUAGGCUAUUGCCGGCGAAAGGGGGAGCUUUUCUUGGUGUAUGAUCAUAUGCCCAAUGGAAGCCUUGAUAAGUUCUUAUUUAGCAAUGAAAAACCUAACAUCGACUGGGUUCGACGAUAUCAGAUUAUUAAAGGAGUAGCAUCUGCUCUCUACUAUCUUCAUGAAGAGUGGGAACAAGUUGUUCUGCAUAGAGAUGUGAAAGCUAGUAAUGUUUUAUUAGAUGCUGACCUUAAUGGGCGAUUAGGAGAUUUUGGACUUGCUAAGUUGUAUGAUCAUGGAUCAACUCCUCAAACAACUCAUGUGGUUGGAACAUUGGGAUAUCUUGCUCCUGAACUCACUACAACAGGAAAGGCUACUACUAGCAGUGAUGUUUUUGCAUUUGGGAUCUUUAUGCUUGAAGUAGCAUGUGGAAGGAAGCCUGUAAAGUCAGAAAGACCACCUGAGGAAGUGAUAUUGGUAGAUUGGGUUCUUGAAUGUUGGGAAAGAGGGAACAUUCUUGGGACUAUUGAUCCUAGAUUGGAAGACAGCUAUGUGGCGGAAGAAACUGAGUUGGUUUUGAAGCUAGGCCUGCUUAGCACACAGCGGAUACCAACGGCUAGGCCUACAAUUAGGCAAGUGAUGCAAUAUUUGGAUGGAAAUGCUACAUUGCCUCAGAUAUCUUUGUACAAUGCAGGUAUUGGUUUUCUUCCAGGAAAAGAUCAAAAGGGCUUGAAUAAGCUUAAAUUCAGUAUCAGUAUCUCGAUUAUCCAUCCCAGACUGCAGCAUAUAAUGAAGGCAGUCAUGCUGGUUUUCAACCCUAGGGAAGGAGCACAGUUGGUGGAAGGAUUCUGCGGUGCCCAGCUCUCGGAUCAUUGUUGCAGUUGUUGAACAAACCGUGAUAGAUACAUGCGUAGCAGCACAAGACGAUUGAACACGAAGUCGAUCAAUGGAAAAAAAGAAAUAUACUUCUCUAGAAUUUUCAUUAUAAUAGGUUUCUUAACUUUGUACAUUUGGACAAGUUCAAUACCACUGCAAUGCAUGCUCAUGAUUUUGUUUCAAUGAAUGUUUGCUGCUAAAAAUAAUUUCGAGCAUGCAAUGUGGAAAAGAAAAAUUGUUACAAGACACGGUCAAUCAAAUAUAUUUUGUUGCUCAA